AUGCAACUGAAUGCGAACGGACAAUGGAGAAACCAAACGGUUGUCACCAUAUUCAUCCUCCUGGGAUUUGGAGACCUCCCGCAGCUUCAAAUUCUUUUCUUUCUAGUGUUUCUGGUCAUCUACCUGAUGACCAUGACUGAAAACAUCCUCAUUGUUUUGCUUAUCAUUGGCGAUCAUCGCCUUCACACUCCCAUGUACUUCUAUCUAGGAAACUUGUCAUUCAUGGAGAUCUGUUAUGCAUCUACUGUUAUUCCUCGGAUUUUGGCCAGCCUUCAGACUGGGGACAAAACCAUUUCCGUAAUUGGAUGUCUGGCUCAGUUGUACAGCUUUGGCACCUUGGCGGCCACUGAAUGUUAUCUAUUGGCCGUGAUGUCAUACGAUCGAUAUAUAGCAAUAUGCAAACCACUUUAUUAUUCCGUUCUCAUGAAUGCCAGAAUUUCCAUCCAGCUAGCUAUAUAUUGCUGGGGAAGUGGCCUCCUCGGCAGCACUGUUGUUAUUGCAUUGAUAUCUAACUGGUCUUUUUGCAAAGCCAAUGAAAUUGACCAUUUCUUCUGUGAUUUCCCUCCGCUGAGAAAGCUCGCUUGCAGUGAUACAAGUCUUGCAGAGAUAGCACUAACGGUGGUUACUAGCAUUAUAUCAGUAUUCCCCACUACCUUAACUCUAACGUCUUACAUUUGUAUCAUCAACGCUAUCCUGAGAAUCCCAACUAAUACAGGGAAACAAAAGGCCUUUUCUACCUGCUCUUCCCAUCUAAUAAUAGUGACUAUAUUUUAUGGAAGUCUCUUUGCUGUGUACUUGGUUCCUUCUUCAACGAACUUGAACAAAAUUGUCUCAGUCUUCUAUUCUCUUCUGAUACCAUUAUUCAAUCCACUCAUUUACACACUAAGAAAUAAAGAAGUAAAGCGAGCCUUGGGAAGAUAUGUCGGUAAAUUAGUCUUUUCUACGUGA